ACUUUAUAGAAGGCAACACUAGUCUUUUCUACAUCCGGCGGUAGCCAUUUUGUUAAAAAAAAAUUCUUUUCCGUUUUGUUGUCGUGAAUAUGACGGGCUUUAGUAAUAAGGCCAUAGUUAUCGAUGGCCGUGGCCAUCUACUCGGGCGACUGUCCGCAGUAAUCGCCAAGGUUCUCUUGGAAGGAAACAAAGUAGUUGUUGUGCGUUGCGAACAACUUAACAUCUCUGGGAACUUCUUCAGGAACAAAUUGAAGUUUAUGUCAUUUCUGCGCAAGCGAUGCAAUGUUAAUCCAGCUCGUGGCCCAUUCCACUUCAGAGCCCCGUCCAAGAUUCUUUGGAAAACUGUCAGGGGUAUGAUCCCACACAAGACUGAGCGUGGGAAGGAUGCACUCAGAAGGCUUCGUACAUAUGAUGGGUGCCCUCCUCCUUAUGACAACCGCAGGCGAGUGGUUGUACCUGCAGCACUCCGUGUCUUCUGCUUGAAGCCUGGUCGCAAGUACUGUCACGUUGGCCGUCUGUCCCAUGAGGUUGGCUGGAAGUACCGCGACGUCGUACGCAAACUUGAAGAUAAGAGGAAGUUCAAUGCUGUCCACAGGGUUGCAUAUGAAAAGAAACUUAAGAAAAUCACCAGGGAGGCAGGCGAGAAGGUUGCAAAGGCUACAGCGCCAUUCACAACACUCAUCCAAUCCUAUGGUUACAACUAAAAUUAAGAGAAUUAUAUAAAAAUAAACCUUUGGUUGCCCAAAA